AUGUAUGGCGGAAAUGAUGACGAUUAUGAAGAGAGGAAUAGGCAACUUAUCUUCCAAGGAACUCAAGUUUUAGGACGAACAGGAGAAAGUUUAGCUAGGUCCACACAAAUUGCGGUUGAAACUGAACAGAUAGGAAACGAGGUUGUUUCUGAAUUAGGAGAACAAAGAGAGUCUUUAUUGCGAACUAGAACCAGAUUGGAAGAUGCCAAUGAACAGCUCAAUAGUGCUAAAAGUUUACUCAAGUCUAUGAGCCGCAAUGUUAUUUAUAAUAAGUUGAUCUUAAUUUUAAUUAUUGUAUUGGAAAUACUUAUAUUAGCCACUGUAUCUUAUUUGAAAUUUAAGCCUUAA